AUGCUGCUGGUACAGUCAGUGCUAUCUAACAUUCAGUUUGCAGAGUACGCGCUGCUUGGAGCUGUAGUUUUCUUGCUAUGUUGGCUGAUGUUUGCUGAGAAGAAGCGGACACAGUUCGCACCCCCCGGCCCUCGGCCCCUGCCGCUCAUCGGGAAUCUGCUGGACAUGGUCGGCGCCGACCCCCACAUACGCCUGACGGAGAUGGCGGAGACAUUCGGUACCGUGUUUCAGGUGAGGUUUGGACGGGAACCGGUUGUCGUCAUCAACGACAUUGACCUUGCUAAGGAGGCCCUGGUGAAGAACGGUGACGACUUUGCGGGGCGAGCCCACCUCCCCACCACCGACCUGCUGUCCAACAGUGGCAUGGGCAUCGCCUUCGCAGACUACGGCAGGGGCUGGAGGAUCCACAAGAAACUCACGCACAACUCGCUCAAGAUGUUUGGGCAAGGAAUGUUCCAACUGGAAGAUAAGAUAACCACGGAGGCCGACUGGUUAUGCGGGUAUCUCAAAACCUCCUCGGGAGCCCCCCUCGACCCUUACCUCCCCCUGAACACGGUCGUGGGAAACGUCAUCAGCUCCAUCUGCUUCGGGAAGCGGUUUGAACCGGAGGAUGACGAGUUCAGGACGAUCAUCGGGUACAACGAGGGGCUGGUGGACACGGUGGGCAAGGACGCCCUCAUCGACGUGUUUCCGUGGCUGGCGAAACUGCCCAACUCCACGGUGACGAAGAUGAAGCAAUGCCUGAAGACCAGAGACAAUGUCCUCAACAAUAACAUCGAAGAGCACAGGGGUUCCUUUAAGGACGGUCAGCCCCGUGACCUGGUGGACGCCCUCCUGAAGGCCCAGGCCGAGGCGGCUGCUGAGGGAGGACGGAAGGCGCAGCGGUACCUGAGCGAUGAACACAUCCUCACUACUGUUAACGACGUGUUCGGCGGGGGGAUGGAGACGUCUACCACCACCCUGCGAUGGAUCCUGGCGUUCCUACUGCAUCAUCCGGAGGUCCAGAAGCGAAUCCAGGCGGAGAUGCAGCAGGUCCUGUGCGCGAACGACCCGGUGCGUCUGUCUGACAGGGAGCGGCUGCCGUACCUGGAGGCCACCAUCAGAGAGGUGCUCCGGAUGAGACCUGUGGCGCCUCUCGCCAUUCCGCAUGUCGCUAUCAGGGACUCAUCGGUUGGAGACUUCGACGUUCCCCAGGGAACCCGUGUGAUGUUUAACCUGUGGGCCAUUCACCAUGACGAGCGGCACUGGACAGAUCCAGCUACAUUCAACCCAGACCGUUUCCUUGACGCGAAGACGGGCCAGCUCCUUCGCGGCGGCAGCUUCCUGCCGUUCCUGGCCGGCUGUCGCGGCUGUCUGGGGGAAUCCAUGGCCAAGGCCGAGCUGUUCCUCUUCACAGCACGGAUCCUCAGGGACUUCCGGCUGGAGCUGCCUGACGGGGUUUCCCCGCCCAGUCUGCAGGGGAGGUACGGGGUCGUCAUGGCUCCAGACAGAUACGACAUCUGCUUCAGACCAAGAAACGCCUGAAUAGGUUUUUCAUGCUAUUGGCUCUGUAGUUAUUACGUAUUGGAAAUCAUAUUCGUAAAAUCAACGACAUUGACCGGCCCUCUCUAAGAUGAAUGGCCCACUACCCGUGUCACGUGACCGUAACGCACAAUCACGUGACUCCGGAAAUGGGUCAAAGGUGCCUGGAAGUCUGUAACGUCUCCCGUCUCGUUUGUACUGGAGUUGUCAAUAUCGUGUUAACCGAAACAGAGGAGCUUGUCGCUCAUUUUCUCCGUUAAGCAACAAAGACACAUACAACACAAUUUAUGUGUAGUUAUACAAGAAACGUUUAACGAAUUUCGCCAGUAGUAUUCAUAUUCAAUUUUACUGUUAGCUGUAGGUUAUGCCAACGUCAGAAUGAGGAACAAACAAAAGAGUGCAUGUCGUAAUUCUGCUAUACAUAUUCAUUAUCCAUAGUUCAAGUUUGCUGGGACAACGAAUGCAUUACUUAUUUAUUUACUUUAUAAUCAUCUUAAAUAGUUAUGAUUAUCUUUAGCAACAACGAUGAAAGUUCAUCUAGGUAAUGUGUCUCCCAAUAUAAAAGU